CUGACGCUCGCGGCGGAGGCACCGGGGCAGCAGCUCAGCGGCGAGAGCUCGCGCGCUCCUCCCGCUUUACGGCUGCUGAAAACCCGGCCCGCGCCCGGCAGCCGUACCGCAGAUGAGCCCGCGCCCGCGCCCGCGCCGCUCAGGUCACCUCCAGCAGUGCCAGUUCCUGUGGCAAAAUAAGACCAGGUAGAGUCAGAGUCUUUGGACUUGUGGGAUUGCAGAGGGAUUCAGCCCAGCCACUUCCUUUUCCAGAUCUCCCACCUGGACAUUGGAAAUAGCUUUUGAUGGUUUAGGGCCUCUUUCACUUGACCCCAGGCCUACCCCUAAACUAGAGGAACCUCUAUGAAACCCAAGUGCUCCAGAGACCAUUGCUUUUAGGGGAACAGUAAAAAGAUGGCUGUCUAUGGACCAGGAAGUAGGCCCUUACCAGGCACCGAAUCUGCUAGCACUUUGAACUUGGACUUUCCAUCCUCCACUACUGAAAUGAGCUUUGACUGUUAGGCACCUGGAUGAAGAGCCCUGGAUUCAGCUUGUCAGAGUCCUGUAACCUGCAAAGACCCUCUGGUUGCACUAGGAUCAUUCGACUGAAGUAAAAAGAUGGCCUAUCAGAAGGUCAAUGCAGAUCGAAGAGCUCCAGGACAUUCACAAUACCUAGACAAUGAUGACCUCCAAGCCACUGCCCUUGACUUAGAGUGGGACAUGGAAAAGGAACUGGAGGAGCCUGGUUUUGAUCAGUUCCAGCUAGAUAGUGCUGAGAAUCAAAACCUGGAGAAUUCAGAGACUGCGGACCUCAAUCUUGAUCCCAUUCAACCAGCAACUUCACCCAAAGGAAGGUUUCAGCGACUUCAAGAAGAGUCUGACUAUGUGACCCAUUAUACAAGAUCUGCACCAAAGAGCAACCCCUGCAAUUUUUGCUGCCUUUUAAAAAUAUUUUUCACAGCAACCAUUUUAUUUAUUUCUGGAAUUUUGAUAGGCUAUUACACACAUAAAAAUUGCUCUUCAAGUGCUACAUCUUCAGGAACACUUGAUCUUCAGUUAUACCAAGAGAUUCUCAAGACAAUCCAAGCAGAAGAUAUUAGGACGUCUUUCAGAAAUUUGGUACAACUGUACAAAAGUGAAAAUGACAUAGAAAUUUCAAAGAAGAUUAAGACUCAGUGGACUUCUUUGGGCCUAGAAGAUGUACAGUUUGUAAAUUAUUCUGUGCUGCUGAACCUGCCAGGCCCUUCUCCCAGCUCAGUGACUCUAAGCAGCAGUGGCCAGUGCUUUCAUCCUAAUGGCCAGCCUUGCGGUGAAGAAGCCAGACAACACAGCAUCCAAGAUCCGCUCUACUCAUAUGCAGCCUAUUCUGCCAGUGGAACUCUCAAGGCUGAAGUCAUUGAUGUGAGUUAUGGAAAUGCAGAUGAUUUAAAUAGGAUUAAAAAAAUGAAAAAUGUCACAAAUCAGAUUGCACUCCUGAAAUUAGGAAAACUGCCACUACUUUAUAAGCUUUCCUUAUUGGAAAAGGCUGGAUUUGGAGGUGUUCUUCUGUAUAUUGAUCCUUGUGAUUUACCGAAGACUGCAAAUCUUAGCUAUGAUACAUUUAUGGUGUCACUGAAUCCAGGAGGAGACCCAUCUACACCUGGUUAUCCAAGUAUUGAUGGAAGCUUUAGACAAAACCGAUCAAACCUCACCUCUCUACUAGUGCAGCCCAUCUCAGCAUCUCUCGUUGCAAAACUCAUCUCUUCACCGAAAGAUAGAAUCACACACAGUGCCUGUAGCCCUCUAGAACUUCCAAAUAAUGAGGAAAGAAUUGUCAGCAUGCAAAUUCAGACAGUCACAAAAUUUGAAACAGUUACUAAUGUUGUUGGAUAUUUAAAGGGCUCGACAUCUCCAGACCGUUAUAUCAUAGUUGGCAGUCAUCAUCAUACCGCAUACAGUUAUAAUGGACAAGAAUGGGCCAGCAGCACUGCCAUCAUCACAGCUUUUAUCCAGGCCUUGAUGUUAAGAGUCAAGAGAGGGUGGAGACCAGACCGCACUAUUGUUUUCUGUUCAUGGGGUGGAACAGCUUUUGGAAAUAUUGGCUCGUAUGAAUGGGGAGAGGAUUUCAAGAAGGUUCUGCAGAAAAAUGUUGUGGCUUAUGUUAGUCUCCACAGUCCUGUAAGCGGUAACUCAAGUCUUCACUCUGUAGCUUCACCAUCUCUUCAGCAAUUGGUAGCUGAGAAAAAUAAUUUCAACUGUUCCAGAAGAGGUCAGUGCCCAGAAACAAAUAUCAGUUCUGUACAGAUGCAAGAUGAUGCCGAUUACUUCAUCAACCAUCUUGGAGUUCCCACCGUGAGGUUUACUUAUGAGGACAUCAAAGCAAUAGAGGGUCCAAGUUUUCUCUCUGAAGGCUUUUUCCCUAAACGUGCAACAAAAAUUGAAGAAAUGGAUCCUUUUUUCAGACUUCACGAGACCAUCACCAAGCUCUCAGGAGAAGUGAUUUUACAAAUUGCCAACGAACCAGUUCUGCCCUUUAAUGCUCUCGAUAUAGCUUUAGAAGUUCAAAACAGCCUUAAAGGUAAUCAACCCAACACGCCUCAACUGCUAGCCCUGGCCUCACGCCUGCGGGAGAGCGCUGAACUCUUUCAAUCAGAUGAGAUGCGUCCUGCUAAUGACCCCAAGGAAAGAGCUCCCAUCCGUGUGUGGAUGCUGAAUGAGGUUCUCCAAGACAUGGAGAAGAGCUUCCUGGUGCAACGCGCACCCCCGGGGUUUUACAGAAAUAUCUUGUACCACCUUGAUGGGAAGACAAGCCAGUUUUCAAUACUCCUGGAAGCUUGGGAACACUGCAAGUCACUUGCAUCAAAUGAUACCCUUCAAGAAGCCCUGUCAGAAGUGUUGAACAGCAUUAAUGCAGCUCAGGUUUACUUCAAAGCAGGACUUGAUGUGUUUGAGAGUGUCUUAGUUGGAAAGAACUGAGAAAACUCAGCAUUUGAAAAAGUUUGUUUACAAUUCCUCAAGUGAAAGCUCUAAUCUGACUAGAUUUUCUGACAUUGAAGACUU